CAUAUAAAGAAAGUAGAAUUGUUUCAAGAUUGGUCUAGUAAAAAAUAAACAAAAUAAACAAGAUAUAUAAACUGAAGUUUCGAGAUAAAUAACUCAAAAGAUGGUGAAGAUGAAUCCCAACACCAUAGUUAAAAACCUCCUCCUCUUUCUCCUGCUACAAAUCUCCAGCUUCUCCAUCGUUAUCUUCUCUAUGGAGCAAUUGUAUAGGAAACCUUAUAAAUCGGAGUAUAGCAUAAGACCAAACACUGUCACACGUAUCGUCGUGUCCAACGAACUAUGGGGUCUUAGGAAAGGAAACGCUGGCUUUAUAUGCGCUCAUGGUCCCAAGGUUUGGCGUAAAAGCAAUCCGGGAGACCGGUACGUUGUAAUCGAAUUCCAACACACUGCGUGGUUUCUUGCAACGCAGGUAACCAUGGUCUCCUACGCAGGGAGGUCAGAUUUCGUCUCAACGGAGCUGAACAUACGCAAUGAAAUGCAAGGCUUGAAACGACCAGAGAUAGUUUACCACUGUCAAGCUAUAAAUAGUGGCCUUGAAUACGGAUGGCGACGAGCCAAAAAGCCACCGUUGGGCCAUACCUUCCAUGUACUCUUGGAAGGAGGCCAAACACUGGAGGAGGAGAUUCACCGCUGCCAUUUCCGGGCGUGUGCCGCUCAUGUGGUUACACCGGAAGGGAUAAUGUUUCACGGUAAAGAAUGGGAUUUUAAAGAGAGGUAUCCAAGGCUGAUACCACGGACAUAUCUUGAAGCUAAGUGGAAACCUUGGCCACGACGCAGCGGCCGCGACCGUGGGGACACGAGAAGCCAACGUCGCUCCGGAAACUCAAUUGAAAGUGGAGAUGUGCGUUUCUCUAUAAUGUUAAAAAACGAAAUGUACGGCUUAAAACGUCCAACGGUUGUCUACCGGUGCAAGUCGUCUGAAAAAUCUCUCCGGUGGCACCAAUCAUAUAAGAAAACGGAGUUUACAUGGGAUUUCGAAGUCCCGCCAUUUGGAAACGGCGUGGUCAUUCACCAGUGCCACUUCAUGUCGAGCCAAGGGACAGCGGAUGUCAUUAUCAAGACGUUGUCGAUGACAUCGAUCUUGUGCGGAGGGCAUGUGUGUAAAUAUGUUAUUGGGCCGAACGGUAUAUAUUUCGUUGGUUUUGAGACCUAUUAUCCGCACAAUGUUUUGUUAAGAUUUGUGGAGUUGGUAAGGCCUGUUGUCAAGCUUGUUGAACCAUGGAAGGCGUGGUCACCCCGGCAGCUGAAGGAGUUACGAGCGCAACGCAACCGCACCAGGUCAGAGGAAGACAAAGAAUAUGAUGACGAGAAGGAGAAACACGAUUAG